AUGAAUUUCCGAAGACUUCCUGGAAUAUUAUAUAAUCAUCGGAAUACAUUUUUAAUUUUUUCUGCAGUUACUUUAUUACUAACAUGUAUUCUUCUGCAUUGGGGGAUCAUUUGCACUGAUUUUUCACCAUGGCGUUAUGUGAAACAAGUUUGUAAUGAACAUCAAAAUGGUAACGCAAUUGGAAAUUUAUGUAAAGCCCUGUGUACAUCUGGUGAUAUCAAUUCUCUUACAUGUCAAACAUUUCAUAAUGGUAAAGAAUCCGUAUUUAUUGCUGAAUGGCAUGAAACAAAAUUGGUAUUUAAAAAAGUCAAAGAUAUAUCGAAAAGUAAUCCACUAUAUUGGAUUGAUACAAACACACAAACAAAACAUUAUCCGUCCGAGAAUGAAUUCAAAGUAAUGAUUCGUUACACAGUCCUUACUAAAUUUAAUAUAUCGAUAUCAAAUAGUAAUUUAAUUAGAUUAAGUCGAUUAAAACCAUCGUAUCAAGAGAAAGAUAUUGUAAAACGGCGUAACGAAAUGAUGAAUGCUUGGGCAUUGCUACAAGAUCACGAAUAUUUAUGUUCCACAUUAUUCAUAGAUUAUGAUCUAUUUCCACAAUUAAUUGGUACAUGUGGUCCAUAUUUUGCCGUGGAAUAUGUGGAACCAAUUCAAUAUUCAUCAUUAUUUUCGUUAAACGAGGAUAAAGAAGAAUGGAGCAAACAAAUAAAAUUAUCAUUAUUGGUGCUUAAACUUAUCGAAGAAUUAGAAAAUACAUUUAUUGAGCCUUUUCAUUUAUGUGAUAUAAAAUUACAACACUUUGGUUUAACUAAAGAAAAGAAUCGUUUAAAAUUUAUCGAUUUAGAUAUGGUGUACCCGAGAUCAGUAAUUAGUCGAAUUAUAUCCGAAACGGAUUCGUGUACAACCGAUGAUCAAUGUGAUUUCUUUGAUUGUCGUGCACGAUGUAAUACAAAAACGAGAAAAUGUGAAAAUCGUGUUGCAAAUAAUAAUUUACAAAUUGUGUGUGAAAAAAUAUUCCUUGGAUGGAAAAAUCCCCAUAAAAUUAUUGUGCCUGGCUUACUAAUGUCUCAACAUACACCAUCAUCCUUAGCCGCUGUUCUUAGACAAUGUGCAAAUCCAGCAUCUGAAACCACAAAACCUAGAGAGCCCACAUCGGAAGAGGUACAAAGUCGUUUAACAGCUAUUUUGAGUGAAAUGGAUUCAGAAAUUGAUAAUGAAAUGCUGCUUUAA